UCCCUCUGCAUCCUGAGGUCCCAACAGAUACUGAAGGAAAGAGAAAACCUCAGAGAACAGGCUACUUCCCCAACUGCCAUCCCAGCUACUAGCCCUUGGCCCAUCAGGUCUGGACUUCAUUCCAGAGGGACUAAGAAAGUAACCUCUACUUCUAAAGAUUCUUCUCCAACCAAUGCCCCGGCUUACAUCUGGACCGCUGCCAUCCCCCCACCAACCAGGCCCCUGGAAUCCUCUCCCUGUGUGACUGGGCCUGGUCAGGAGUUCUUGGCAACUACCAAAGAACAUGAAGAGUAUUCCCAAGCAACUGAACUCGGGAAAUCAACAGGUUCUCCUAGUGACGCCAUCCUUCAGCAUGGCCUGUCCACAGGGAGGUCCAGGCUGUUGUCUGGCACAGCAGCCAGUCCUGGGGUCUUUGAGCCAGCAGCUACCACUGGCAUGGAUGUUGCCCCAGACUCGGGGUUUCUGUUGUCUCUUCCACCAAGAGCCCUUGGAGGGGUUAAGUCUAAGCAAGACCCCUCUCCUGUCCCUACACCAAAGGGCUCGAGCCUCUUAGCCCUAGGAGACAAGGAGAAAGACUCCUCAACAUUCCCACCUGAGCCCCUUGGGGCCACCUCAGAGCCUCCUCAACCAGCACCAACCUUGGCUAGUGAAAUGCCUGGUACUCCAGAUGCCCAGAGGCCUUCCAUGGCACUGUUUCUAACAAGCAUGAGCCUGUAUGGACCCACAAUGCAGAUGAUUCCUGGAGGUGCUAAAACUCUUCAGCCUGGUCCCAGCCUUGACCCCCCAGGUGGGUCUGCUUCCAGCCAGCCCUCGCUUCAUGUUUUCACAGAUGCCUCGUUCCCCAGCGGCAUGGCACAGGACUCUGGCUGGACAGCAGAGCCAAAGAUCUUUAUGGCCGGUCCAUCUCUUGCCCCCUUCACAGAGACCCCUCUACGGGCUGUUCCACAGACCAGCCAGGGUGCAACUGCAGAAGCUUCCAGAACCACUUUAAAUCAGGUCUCCAGCCAGGCCAGCUCUGUAGCAUCUGCCCUCCAGCACCAAGGCAGCCCAGUGGCUACAACCAAGCUGUCCUAUCACUCUGAGAAUUCAGCCUCGGCCGGAAGGAGUGAACUGAACCCUCUGGGGACCAGGGUGGCUGGGGAAGGAACAGCGCUUUGGACGACACAGCUGUCCCCAGCCCGUGCUCCGAGCCCCAGGUCUCAGGCUGCGGGAGGCACAACAAAGCCACCGCCUUUCCUUUCCUCCCUCCAGAGUCCUGCCCAGCUUAAGACAAGGGCCACACAGGCUUCCAUCACACCAGAGCCCUGGGCUUCCUCUCGGUCUGUGAUCCCAGGGUCCUCCGAGAUGCCAGAGGAACAGCUGGAGAAUGUCUCUGAAGUAGGAGCAGGGUCAGCAAGCCUGAAUCAAGUGGGCCCCACAGACUUAGCAGCAUUCUUGCUUGAGUCUCUGACCAAGGGCCCUACCCUGGCCCCACCAACCACAUGGGCCAAUACUGUGCCAUCUGAACAAGAGAAGUCCCAGACCUCUCCUACUAAAGGGCAAGAGAAAGUGCCCUGGCGCCCCAGCGCAGUGUCCCACCCUGUUCUGGGGACUCCAGCUCAGGUUAUUGGGUGGCUAGGCAGCAGCCCUUCCCCAUCUAGCCUGAUGACAGAGCCCCUAAAAGGGCUCACCUCUCCCAUGGCAGUGCAUUCUCACCCAGGACCUACCAGGGGAGGCUCAGGGUCUGAGAUGAUCCUCCCAAUCAGCCCACAGUCCACGUCUGGAAGGGAAGGCCUGAAUAAUUUCCCUACAUCUGGAAUAGGCAGUGCUGGAACGGUACUGAUGACAUCCACACAGAUAUCACAGAAGGUCCCCACCUGGAAAGGAAGGAAUCCACAGAAAGGAUCUGGGUUUCUAGUUCUCACAAUCCCUCUGCAGUUCGGUCUGAGUCAGAUUUCCUAUACCCCAGCCCUGGCAAAUAAGCACUCAACCCACUUCAGGAGACUCAAGUGGGAAGUCACAUUAACUUUUAGGAGGAUACUGUCCCACAUGAAUGGAUUCCAGGAAUUCCACAUCCUCCACUUCUUCAACGGGUCUGUGUUUGUCCAGAGUGAGGUGGAAGUAGAGGGAGACCCACCCCCCACAAGCUCAGACCUCAUUCGUUGCAUUGUCACCAUGGUGCAUCAAAAGAUGGAUAUGUACUUCUCGUGGAAGGUGGACCUCUCAUCUCUAUACUCCAGUGGUUAUAGGAUAGAAAACUUAGAACCAGAGAAACUGCCCAUUGCUUUUAUGGUCCCAAGGCUUGGUCCCCUGUCCGACGAGGAUCUCAGGCGCCUUCUAGAAAACCUGAGGGAACAGGUGAUCUGGGAUUUGGGAAAGCUGUAUCCCAUGGUGAGAUUCUCUUUCCUCGAUGUCAGGGAGAGCCAAGGCAAGCUGUUGGUUGGGGGCGAGGCCUAUGUCCACAGCCAGACCUGGGCAGAUAUCCCCUAUGUCUUACAAGCCCUGACUGGUCUGGCCAGCCAGUCAGUGGAUCUGAGUUCACUCACUGUGGCAGGGUCCCACCUGGAUCUGCAGUUCUUGCCCAUUUCCUUCCUUGUCACCAACCCGAAUUUUGAGAAAUCUUUGCUGGAGCCCCCACCCCUUCAGCAUCGGGCUCUCUUCGGAGAAUUGGCUAUUGCGGUGAAACAUGCUCUGAGUAGUUACAGUAGCCUACUGCAGGUGACAAUACAGGACUGCCUGAAUGAUUCCUUUCUCUGUCUGGGAGAGCUACUAUUUCAAGCCCCAUGGCCCAAGCCCAAAAACCUCUUGCAGACCCUGAUGAAGGCAGUGGGCUCAGAUGGUCACCUAGCUGGCUCCCAGUUUCAGGUGGACCCCAGCUCCUUCUUCAUUGCAGAAGAAAACCUGGAGUUUUCCCCUGGAUCCAAAACUAUGUCCAGCAUUUCUGUGACCAUCAUCUUGCUGUCCCUCCUGAGUGUCUUCACAGGUUUCUUCUUGAUAUUCCAGUGUGUAAGGUGUAGGCCGUUCCAUCGGUGUAGGCUGUUCCAUCAUCAGCAACGAGGCACACUCUCACUUCCUGGAGCCUACCAGAUGCAUGGCGAGAUGUUUGAGAUGGAGAGCCCGCAUGAGUACUCUGGCCAACAGGAAGGGAGUCCAAUUUUAGGGAUGGAUAACCAGGGCUUCCAAGGCACAUUGGAAGAGGACUCUGGAAGCAGCAGCUAAGAGAAUCUCUUUCUUGUACCAGAACCUCUGAAGUAAUGAGCAGCCUGGCCCAGAUCUUGUCCUGCCUGGACCAAGGAGAAGAGUUGAGAGUCCUACAGUCUUGGGCCAGGACACAGUUUCUUAUUUAUUUUCCCCCCUCCCACUAUGCUUCCCCCAUCAAUCAGCUGUCUCUAUUCAGCCCUUAGAGCUGGGUUUGGGCCUGAUUUUUCCUUGGACCAGCUGCUGUCCCUAUCAGAAUAUGCUGCUUUGUGCGUGCAUUGUUUUUUUUUAAGAUUGUUUCAUACUUUGGGAUUUUUUCUUUCAGAAGGGAGAUUAUUGUGAAUUAUGUCUUGUUUGUCUAGAUGUUUAAAUUAAAAGCAAUUUUUUAAA